CUGCGUGCGUGGCGUAUGAGCUCAGCCAAUCAGAGUGAGCCAGGUCACACGGCUGACCAGGAAGAGAAGAUGGCUGCAAAGAAUGGAAAGAAUGGUCUGCUACAAAAAUGGAGGAUUGAUGAAAAACCUGUCAAGAUUGACAAAUGGGAUGGUGCAGCUGUGAAGAAUUCUCUUGACGAUGCAGCUAAGAAGGUACUUAUUGAGAAGUAUGGUUACGUUGAGAACUUCAACCUUGUAGAUGGACGUCUUUUCAUUUGCACAGUCUCCUGCCUUUUUGCCAUUGUAGCCUUAAUUUGGGACUACCUGCACCCAUUCCCAGAGUCCAAACCAGUCCUAGCAUGCUGUGUUGUUUCAUAUUUCAUAAUGAUGGGCAUCCUAACCUUGUAUACCUCCUACAAAGAGAAAAAUAUCUUUCUUGUGGCUGUCCAAAAAGACCCAACUGGCAUGGACCCGGAUCACAUCUGGCAGCUUUCAUCAAGUCUUAAAAGGUUUGAUGAUAAGUACACGCUGAAAGCAUCCUUUACAGAUGGAAAAACCAAGCAGUCUAGGGUGACCGAGUUCACAAAGUCAGUCGGUGUGUUCUUUGAUGGAAAUGGAACAUUGGUGAUGGACCAGUAUGAAAAGUGUGUGUCAAAGCUUCAUGACACAUUGGCGAUGGAGAAGAAAACUAAGUAAAAUUGAACAGAAACUCGGUGAACCAGCAUAGUCCCAGCACACACUGAUUUGGGGAGGGGGGAUGUUUGGGGGGGGCUGACUCUUUCACUGGGAAAGACUGUCAUGUUAAUGUCUGUCAAACGUUAGCCUUUGGUCAAGAAAUUUGUGUAACGGUUGUCAUAGUAUAACUUUUCAAUUGGCAUCACAUUAUGUGUACCUAAAGGUUCAGUUAGAGCAAAUGUCUCAGUUCAACAUUCUGUUUGAAAGUGAAGUUAAAAUGUUUUUCACUGAUUCCUCUUGAUGGGGAACAUGUGAGUGGUUAACAACAUAUUGAAUAUCUGUCAUAAGCAGCAUCUAUUAAAAGACUUAAAUGUUUUAUUCAAGUGCUGAUGUCCCUGAAUUGUCUCUCUUCUCCCCCCCCCCCCUUCUCCUACCAUACAUUUAUUGUUUUAAGAAUCAUUAAAAUGAUUGUCAAUUUCUUGAUUCUUUUUUUCUCUUCUUCCUUGAACAUCUGAGAGAUUGUUUAUUCAGACAGCUGGAGUUAGAAUUAUUGUGAAAUCUGUUCCUUUUUUAUUAUUGCUUUAAAGGUCAAAUGGUAAUAAUAAACUAUUCAAGUUCUGUUCAUACAAAAUGUAUGUAUAGACUCUACUGCUCUUUGUUUCUCUCUCUCUCUCUCUCUCUCUCUCUCUCUCUCUCUCUCUCUCUCUCUCUCUCUCUCUCUCUCUCUCUCUUGUGUGUUUUUGUCCUUCUAUACCUUGAGUGUGAAGCAUAAGUUAUGAAAGGGAGCCCAGAUGAUAACACAGCCAUGUGUGUGGCUUUAUUUCAAUAUCAAUAAAUUAGUAUAUCAUUAAAAUGGUUUUUGAAAAAUAUUUAUUUAUUUUAUAAUGGUUAGAAUCCUACACCUGCAUAUGGUUUUAUUUGAAGUUACAGAAUUAAAUAGCUGCAGUCUUUGUCAUUAAAUUCACUGUUUUAGCUAUUAUCCUGCUGUUUGUAUUAAAAAAGCAUACAAUUAAAGUAAAGCUUUUAUCAUUU